AUGACGCUUGGUAAUAGACUCCAUGGGCGGAACAAUGAGGGUAGCUCUAAUAUGAAUAUGAAUGGUAACGACCUUGACGAUGUUUCUCAUUACGAGAUGAAGGAAAUACAACCAAAGGAGAAAGAAAUCGGUUCUAUAGAACCGGAAAAUGAGGUGGAAUAUUUUGAAAAGACAAUGGAGAAAACCAUGGAAAAUAUGGAAUACGAGGAUGAGCAUCAUACAUCUUAUUUACGGAGAUUUAUUAACUCUUUUAAAAGAGCGGAAGGCUCGCGCCCAAAUUCUCCUGACUCGAACAACUCGAAUGGGACUACUCCUAUAUGCACAAAGGAUUCCAGCUCGCAAUUGGACAAUGAGCUAAAUCGAAAGAGCUCGUAUAUCACUGUUGAUGGAAUUAAACAGCCGCCGCAAGAACAAGAACAGAAACAAGAAAAUUUGAAAAAAAGUAUAAAACCCCGUCAUACAGUUAUGAUGUCCUUAGGGACUGGUAUUGGUACCGGUUUGCUGGUCGGUAACUCCAAAGUUUUAAACAAUGCAGGUCCAGGUGGUUUGAUCAUUGGUUAUGCCAUUAUGGGUAGUUGUGUCUACUGUAUUAUCCAAGCUUGUGGUGAAUUGGCAGUCAUAUAUAGUGAUUUGAUUGGUGGGUUUAAUACAUAUCCUUUGUUUUUGGUUGAUCCGGCACUCGGGUUUUCUGUUGCUUGGCUUUUUUGCUUACAAUGGCUAUGUGUUUGUCCCCUGGAACUGGUCACUGCAUCCAUGACUAUCAAGUAUUGGACCGUGAAAGUCAACGCAGAUGUUUUCGUUGUUAUUUUCUAUGUCCUUAUUCUUGUUAUCAACGUUUUCGGAGCUAAGGGUUAUGCAGAGGCCGAUUUCUUCUUCAAUUGUUGUAAAAUUCUAAUGAUAAUUGGGUUCUUCAUCCUUGCCAUUAUUAUUGAUUGUGGAGGUGCGGGUACCGAUGGCUACAUAGGUAGUAAAUAUUGGCGUGAUCCCGGUGCCUUCCGUGGUGAUACUCCUAUCCAGAGAUUCAAAGGUGUGGUUGCCACGUUUGUUACCGCAGCGUUCGCCUUUGGUAUGAGUGAACAACUGGCUAUGACUGCUAGUGAACAAUCCAAUCCAAGAAAGGCUAUUCCAUCGGCGGCCAAAAAAAUGAUUUACAGAAUUUUGUUUGUGUUCUUAGCAUCUUUAACAUUGGUUGGUUUCCUCGUACCUUACACCUCAGAUCAACUACUGGGGGCCGCAGGUUCAGCCACUAAAGCAUCGCCCUACGUCAUCGCUGUCUCCUCUCAUGGUGUUCGUGUGGUUCCUCAUUUCAUAAAUGCUGUCAUCCUAUUAUCUGUUCUUUCCGUUGCCAACAGUGCCUUCUAUACCAGUUCUCGUAUUCUAAUGUCAUUAGCUAAGCAAGGUAAUGCCCCUAAAUGUUUCGAUUACAUCGAUAGGGAAGGGAGACCCGCUGUUGCCAUGCUUGUAAGUGCAUUAUUUGGUGUCAUUGCAUUCUGUGCCUCAUCUAAAAAGGAAGAGGAAGUUUUCACCUGGCUGUUAGCAAUUUCCGGUUUGUCUCAACUAUUCACCUGGAUUACCAUUUGUUUGUCUCACAUCAGGUUUAGAAGAGCCAUGAAGGUACAAGGAAGAUCUUUAGGAGAAGUUGGUUAUAAAUCUCAAGUCGGUGUUUGGGGUUCUGCUUAUGCUGUUGUCAUGAUGGUGUUAGCUUUAAUUGCCCAAUUUUGGGUUGCCAUUUCUCCGAUUGGUGGAGGUGGUAAAUUGAGUGCUCAGUCGUUUUUUGAGAAUUAUUUGGCUAUGCCAAUCUUAAUCGCCUUAUACAUCUUUUUCAAAGUUUGGAAAAAAGAUUGGAGUUUAUUUAUUCCUGCUGAUAAAGUAGACUUAGUUUCUCAUAGAAAUAUCUUUGAUGAAGAGCUAUUAAAACAAGAAGAUGAAGAAUAUAAGGAGAGAUUAAGAAACGGACCAUACUGGAAAAGAGUUCUUGAUUUCUGGUGUUAA